AUGAGUGCUACUGCUACACUAAAUACCCACUGCCAGUUUCAACCACCACCUGUGACUGAACAAGAAGAUGAACAAGAGAAACCUGAGGUCUACAUGUGUGUACUGUGGUAUGGAGGAGAACUGGGGAUUGCUUAUUACGAUACUGGAGACUGCUCAAUCUAUUUCAUGACUGACACACCAGAUAAUGAAGACCUUAAGCUGCUACAGAAAGUGGUUGAAGAGGUACUUCCCAAAUGCAUAUUAAGUAGUGCCAAGCAAGAUUCUAGUAUAGCUAAAUUCCUGACCAAUAUAGGUGAUACCACAGGAGACAAGCAAGGAGGAAGAAAGCCAGAGGUUGUCCUCUAUCCAAAUAUGGAUUUUGGCUUAGAGGUAAGCAAGCAGAGAAUUCUAUCAAGGCAAUUUCCCUUUGUCCCUGCUUCCAUGACAGCAACUGAGAACAUCCUCUAUUUAUCCUCCAUUAUUCCUUUUGAGAGUCCACUUGUAUUAAGGGCAUUAGGAGGGCUGCUGAAGUUUCUUGACAGGAGAAGGCCUGGAGUUGAACUGGAAGACAGUCACGUGGUCGUUCCCAUUCUGGCCUUUAAAAAGUUUGUAUUGACUGAUAUUGUAAAUGUAGAUCAAGACACUUACCAUGUGUUGCAGAUAUUUAAAAGUGAAGUACAUCCUUCUGUGUAUAAACAAGCCAGUGGGAAAAAAGAAGGACUCAGCUUAUAUGGAAUUCUGAACCAGUGUAGGUGCAAAUGGGGUGAGAAGCUGCUGAGACUGUGGCUCAUGAGGCCCACCCGCAAUUUGACAGAGCUGAACAAACGCUUAGAUGUUAUUCAAUUCUUUUUGUUAGCUCAGAAUCAUGAAACUGUUCUUACUCUACAGGAAUGCCUCAAAAAUAUUAAAAAUGUACCUCUGAUCCUUAGGAGGAUGUCUCUUUCUAACACAAAGGUAAGUGACUGGCAAGCACUGUACAAAACUGUUUAUAGUGCUGUAUGUCUCAGAGAUACAUGUCGCUCCCUACCCAGCGCCAUUGAGCUAUUUCAGACUAUUUCACGGGUUUUCACUGAUGAACUACACUAUAUUGCCAGUCUAAUUAGCAAAGUGGUAGACUUUGAAGGCAGCAUAUCAGAAAACCAUUUCAUCGUCCGACCAAAUGUAGAUCCCACCAUUGAUGAAAAGAAACGAAAGUUGAUGGGACUCUCAGAUUUCCUUACAGAUGUUGCCCGAAAAGAACUGGAGGACCUGGAUAAUAGGAUUCCAUCCUGUAGUGUUAUUUAUAUACCUUUAAUAGGAUUCUUACUCUCUAUUCCACGGUUACCCUCAAUGGUGGACAAAAAUGACUUUGAGAUUGAUGGUUUGGAUUUUAUGUUUUUAUCAGAAGAAAAGCUGCACUACCGUAGUGCCAGGACAAAAGAAUUGGACAGCUUGCUUGGUGACCUUCACUGUGAAAUAAGAGACCAGGAAACACUGAUCAUGUACCAGCUGCAGACAAAGAUUCUGGAAAGAUCUGCAGUACUCAGUGAUGUGACUGAAUAUGCAGCACAGUUGGAUGUGCUAUUGUCCCUGGCAGUAAUAGCUCGAGAGAAUGGAUAUAUCAGACCAUGCUUCUCUCAUUCCCAUGUUAUCCGUAUCAAGGAUGGAAGGCACCCUCUGAUGGAGUUAAGUGCAAAGACUUUUGUGCCCAACUCAGUGGAGAGCAGUGAAACAUAUGGCCGAAUUAAGAUACUCACUGGGCCCAAUUCAUCUGGAAAAAGUAUAUAUUUAAAGCAGGUCGGCCUUAUUACAUUUAUGGCCUUAACUGGCAGUUAUGUCCCUGCUGCUGAGGCUGAAAUAGGGGCAGUGGAUGGAAUCUAUACAAGGAUCCAUAGCAGAGAGUCAGUUUCUCUUGGAUUGUCCACUUUCAUGAUUGAUCUUAACCAGGUAGCCAAGGCAGUGAAUAAUGCCACUGAAAGAUCUUUGGUGUUAAUUGAUGAGUUUGGCAAAGGCACAAACACAGUAGAUGGUCUCUCUCUUCUGGCUGCUGUGUUACGACACUGGAUUAAAGCAGCAACUCAAUGUCCACAUGUUUUUGUUGCCACUAAUUUCCAUAGCCUGGUACAGCAGAAAUUGCUGCCAGACACUCCUCUUGUGCAAUACCUAGCCAUGGACACUCAGCAAGAAGGAGAUGAACUUGUUUUUUUCUAUCAAAUCAAAGAAGGUGUGUCCACUAUCAGCCAUGCCGCCAACAUUGCAGCUUUGGCUGGCAUGCCACCUAAAGUGAUUGCCCGAGGUCUAGAAAUAUCACAGCUGUUCCGCAGUGGAAAGCCCAUUCAACACGCUGACCAGUCUUUGAAAGAGAAACAGCUUCAAAGCUGCAAAUCUCUGGUAGAUAAGUUCCUUUCCCUAGAUCUUGAUGACCCCCAACUAGAUUUAAAGGAAUUUAUGAGUCAAGACGUGUUACCUUCUUCAGUCUCCAUGCUGUAA